AUGGUGCUCAUAGAUGCCGAUGCCGAAGGCUUCCUGUUCCAAGACAAAUACAUAACACGAAAGGCUCAAGGCGGCGAAGCAUUAGCAGACGAGCUGAACAUACGGAUCAGGGAAUACUUGCGGGAGCUGUACGAAGAUGCCGACUCACUCGACAUCAUCGUCCGCAUAUAUGCCAACUUGGAGGGUAUGGCCAACUACCUUGUACGACUUGAGAAGGUUCGGAACUUGGGUCAGCUACGAGCCUUCUCGACUGGCUUCUGCGGCAGGAUAACGAGCUUCGACUGGAUCGACACUGGAGUUGGCAAGGAAGGCGGAGCAGGAAGAAAAGUGCGAGAAAACUUGUCGUUCUUCGCAUCGAACACACACCUGCGGCACACAAUAGUCGCAUGCUCGCCCGUCGACCUACCCGCUUCUCUUCUCACUUCCAUACCACUCGAGAAGCUGACGCUGAUCGAAUCUCUCCCGCUACCUUCGUCGCUUACAACACUCCCUCUGAAAACCGCCAAGUUCCCCUCUCUCUUCCCUCCCCCGCCACCCGCCAAGAACGCAAAGCCCAGUCGAGAGCGCGGCCGAAACGAGCGAGGACUAAGCGAAACUGAUGUGAGAAGAGGAGACAGGGACAUGCGAAGAGGAGAUGAGAGAGGCGGAGGACCACAACUGCAGCUCAUGGAACAAGAGCAUGAAGGGGGCGGCUCAACGUGGCUGGUCAUACAACCCGAGAGGAGUAAGAGCCAGGCUGUCAGCGGGCGGGACAGAGACAGAGACAGGAGGAGGGCUCCAAGCGAAGACGAUACCAGCAGCUUGAGUAUCAGCAUCGGGCCAGACAACACUGUUAGCGUUGACAGUGGGAGGCGGCGGAGAUUGAUGGGUUAG